AUGGCUGGUGUUCAACAGCGAGUUUUGAAUUGGUUAUACAGUGUUCUUACAAGUGAAUACCGAGAUGUGAAUCGUACAUAUAAUGACGUCGCCCAAACACUUUCUCAAUAUACCUCAUUAUCCCCACGAACGGAUGUCUACACAUACGAAAAUGGCGCAUCUUCACUUCUCCUUCAUCUCUCUGGCACCCUACCUGUAAAUUUCCGAGGCACCAUCUACAGAUUUCCGAUCGCGCUAUGGAUACCUCAUGCAUAUCCGCAAGAAGCCCCAUUGGUAUAUGUGACACCGGUGGAAGGAAUGGUAGUAAGAGCAGGUCAACAUGUAGAUCCACAAGGGAAGGUCUAUCAUCCAUAUUUAAUGAGGUGGCCAGACUAUUGGGAUAAGUCCAAUGUACUUGAUUUUUUAGCGAUUCUUCGAGAUAUAUUUGCCAAAGAACCUCCUGUCAUAUCGAAACAGCAACAAAAUCCCCCGCCACGCCCACAAUCGACAGCUAUACCUCCUCCUAUACCUCCACUUCCUCCCAAUGUAGCUCGACCAAUACCAAGCUCAGCUUCCCCACGUCCAUUGAAUGACGAUCGACCCCCUCCUCCCCCACCGAAACCUACAAACAGUGCCACACCAUACUCUCCUUCAGGUUCCUCGCGGCGAGAUGUUGGGCCGCCAUUACCCCCGUUACCUACGCAAGUUGGAUAUGAUAAUAGCAAAUAUGGACCACCAAUGCCACAAUCGCCAAACAGACAAUCGCAUACUCCACAAAAGAGUAGUGGUCUACGUUAUGAGAGUGCUCCUCCAUUACCGCCUCAGCAAUCCAGGCAAAACUUACGGGAACCAUCAUACAGUCCUGUGAGUCCAAUAACUCCACCAGAAGAUCCAUAUAGACAGUCCUCAUACUCUCAAUCAUACCAGCAACCCCCUCAGCCCCAACAACCUCAGCAAGCUCCACCACAAGUACACAACCCAAAUUUUAUUCGGCAACCUGCCCCUCAAAAUGGUAGACCUCAACCACCGCCUCAAUAUGUACAUCCACAGCACCAGCAGCCGCAACAACCAUACCCUGGACAUCCACUACAACAGCAAUGGCCUCAAUAUCAGCAGCAGCAAUACCAACAACAGCCCGCGCCACCACAACCCAAAGCCAAAUCUCCACCACCAACCGACCUUCUUGAUGCCCCAUUAACUCUAUCCAUUCCCGACGCUUCAUCUGCCAACCUUCCCGCUCCACCUGUUCCACCCAACCCAGAAAAGGACAUGCUCCUCCACAAGCUCGCCAGCGCAUUACACUCUCAGCGCCUUCAUCACACCACACAAACCACCUCUUCACUUCCAGGCCUCCAGUCGCAACAAAAAUCCAUGCUCAGCACUCUCAAUGCUAUGCAAUCUGAACUUAGCGCUCUAGAAUCCCUCUCCGCCCUUCUCACCAACAACACAACCAUCCUACACAACUCACUACAAACUGCUGAUCAACUUCUCCAAUCCUCUCAACAUCGUACUCGUCCCUCCAUUGAUGAACUACUCGUCGCACCAACAGUUGUAGGAAACCAACUUUAUGAAUUAGUAUGUGAGGAGAGAAGUUUAGCGGAUGCGAUAGAUGUGUUAGGCAGGGCGGUUGAAAGAGGAAGGAUCAGUGGACCAACUUUUGCAAAGAUGACGAGAGGAUUGGCUAGGGAAUGGUAUUUGAAAAAGGCAUUGAUUAGGAAGAUUGGGAGGGGAAUGGGGUUAAGUGGGGUCGGAGGGCUUGGGUAUUGA